AUGAGGGCAAAUCUGGACAAGAUCAAUGGGAGUGACAGGGAGUGCAGGAGGCAGCAGGAGAUUCAAAGUAGGCCAAUAAAUAACAUCCAAGACCAGCCACACUUCUUGCGUCGCUGCAACCUCUCCGUGUCCGGAGCUCGCUGCAACACCCGCACCGGCGCUCACCACAGCUCCGUCCCCACAGCCCCCAUGGCCAUGGGGUUCCAGGCGGCCAGGCUGGCACCUAGCCGACAGGCUUCAAGGCUGGGGUCCGGGGGUCCCACCUUGGGGGUUUGCUCUACAGAAACAACUCCUCACCGCCGCCUCCGUGGGUCCCGCCUCCUCCCGAGUUCUCGCCUGCGGUUGCUCCUGCCGAGUCCCCCGCCGUCCUCGCCGUUGACUCCAGGUGGCACCAGAGACUCCUCACCGCCACCUCCUAGUGGCACCAGAGACUCCUCACCGCCGCCACCGUGGGUCCCGCCUCCUCGCGAGUCUUCGCCUGCGGUUGCUCCUGCUGAGUCGCUGCCUCCAGGCGGCACCAGAGACUCCUCGGCGCCGCGUCCGUGGGUCGCGCCUCCUCCCGAAUCCUUGGCUGCGGUUGCUCCUCCCGAGUCCCCUCCAACUGGUGGCACCAGAGACUCCUCGCCGUUGCCUCCUGGCGGCACCAGAGACUCCUCGCCGUGGACUCCAGGUGGCACCAGAGACUCCUAUCCGCCGCCUCCAGGCGGCACCAGAGACUCCUCGGCGCCGCGUCCGUGGGUCCCGCCUUGUCCCAAAUCCGCGCCUGCGGUUGCUUCUCCCGAGUCCCCGCCUCCUGGCAACACCAGAGACUACUCACCGCCGCCUCCGUGGGUCCCGCCUCCUCCCGAGUCCUCGCCUGCGUCCCCGCCUCCUGGCGGCACCAGAGACUCCUCGCCGUUGCCUCCAGGUGGCACCAGAGACUCCUAUCCGCCGCCUCCAGGCGGCACCAGAGACUCCUCGGCGCUGCGUCCGUGGGUCACGGCUUGUCCAAAAUCCUCGCCUGCGGUUGCUCCUGCCGAGUCCCUGCCUCCUGGCGGCACCAGAGACUCCUCGCCGUUGAGUCCAAGUGGCACCAGAGACUCCUAUCCGCCGCCUCAAGGCGGCACCAGAGACUCCUCGGCGCCGCGUCCGUGGGUCCCGCCUUGUCCCAAAUCCUCGCCUGCGGUUGCUCCUCCCGAGUCCCCGCCUCCUGGCAACACCAGAGACUCCUCACCGCCGCCUCCGUGGGUCCCGCCUCCUCCCGAGUCCUCGCCUGCGGUUGCUCCUGCCGAGUCCCCCGCGGACGUUCUCAGCCGCCUCCGGGUGGCACCAGAGACUACUCGCCGCCACGUCCUAGUGGCAAAAGAGACUCCUCGCCGCCGCCUCCAGGUGGCACCAGAGACUCCGCGCCGUCGCCUCCAGUUGUGA